CUCAAAUUGGUAAUGCCUCUUUCUCCCAAGGUCCUUUCGACCUCGCGCACCUUUAUUAAGCUGUCAGCCUUCCCAACGCUCUCCAUUCCACUACACUAUGGUAUUUCUUUAUCCGAUCUAAAGAAUGGGCAUUGCACUUUGCGCUUCCUAUAUCCCAUCAAACCAACUGGUGUCAUGUUGCCUUUCGAGCAUUUACUGCGACCGCUGGCAGGUCCCCAGCCUGAAGUUUAUACACUGGCACAUGCACAAUUUCAAGUGCACCUGCUGUCUGUCUUCAUCCUCACCGACAGAUUUUCGAGGUUAAAAUCGAUAAUGAAACCGCCCUUGCUGAGCAGACAGGGUUGUGCACAUUAUUCAAGAUACAGGUGGGAAAGAAGGUGUUUGAGGCACGAACGCAAACAGGAAAAUGACGAGCCGAGGCACAAAAUGAGCCGGAAAGAUCCGUCGCGACGUUUUCGUACUCCGGGCUCGGCCUCUACUUUUACCGGACCCUCUACCUAUAAUAAAUCAUCCCUGAGUUCUUGACGAACUUCACCUUGAACUCCAUAACCCUCUCAUUUACAACGGAAAGCUGUGCAAAAUGGCACCCAUCACGACUGAAAUCACCAAGCUCUUCGGUAUCCAGCACCCUAUUCUGUUAGCUGGAAUGAAUGUGGCUGCUGUAAGAGAUUAGGACUUGCGUUUACAUCAGGAUGAGCCUUCUUAACCCGUUCCCGCCGCUUUACAGGGGCCUG